GACAAGAUAGCUAGCUUAACUAAAGCAGCUAAUAUGGGCUAGCCUGCGCAAUGAUGUCCUGCCAGUGCAGCUGGGACUAAAGGGAGCAGUUGUGCGAUUUUAAAUUGUACAGCCGAAUUAAGCGAGGGAGUCAAACGCUGAAAGAUGGAGGAGGUUGAGGGCAGCGCUCUGGGCCGGGUAACAGUGUACUCCAUCCAGGGGUGCCCGCACUGUGUGCAGGCUAAAGCCACCCUGGGGCGUCUGGGAGUACCGGUAUGUGACGUGGAUGUGGGGAGGCAUCCAGAGCUACGAGCCAGGGUGAAGGAGCUGACAGGACGCACCUCAGUCCCUCAGAUCUUCUUUAACAACAUUCACGUUGGGGGCAACGACGACCUACAGAAAUUGGCUCCUGAGGAGCUGCAGAGGUUGGUGAAUCUGGUCAAGAAAGAGCCUCUUCCAGCAGAUGCUCCACCACUACCAGAGGAGAACCAGCAAGAGGAGACAGCUGGGGAGACUGAUGGAGAGUUUAUGUGUGAGAGGGAUGAGUUGGCAGACCUGGUAGAGGACCUCAAACAUGGCAAUGUGAUUGGCAGUCAUAGGAGGGGACUGACAGUGUACAAAAAGAGCUUCUCGGGUGAUCAGCUGGUUGACUGGCUGCAGAAAGAGAAGGGCAUGGCCAGGGCUGAGGCCUCUAGUACCGGCCAAGCAUUGUUGCAGAAGAAGUACAUGGUCAUUGUGCGCAGCUGUGGGCAGCAGGAUGGCAGUUUUGGAGAAGGGAAAGACACACUGUACAGGCUGCUGGAGGAUGACCCUCACUCAGCUCUCAACGCAGGACAGACGGCAGCCUGCAGUCCCAUCCAGGCUGCUGAGCUCUCUUUGCUUGUACGGGAGUUGAUUCUGAAACUGUUUUCUGAGCAUCUCUCUGCUGAUGGCAAGACUGUGGACUACAAGGGCAUGUCAGUAAACCCCGCCUUUGAGCGUUACUGUGAGCUGGCCAUUCAGCUGCAGAGGGUGGAGCUGCUUUCGCUGAGCCGGGAGGAGAAGCUGGCCUUCUUCAUCAACAUCUACAAUGCCUUGGUCAUCCAUGGGUACCUACGCCUGGGGGCCCCCACCAACAUGUGGCAAAGAUACAGAUUCUUCAACUAUGUGAGCUACCUGAUUGGAGGAGAAGUGUUCACAUUACAGGACAUUGAGAAUGGCGUUCUGAGAGGGAACAGAAAAGGUGUCGCACAGCUUCUGAAGCCCUUCUCCAAAACAGACCCGCGACUACAAGUGGCCCUUCCAGAUGCAGAGCCCCUCAUUCACUUUGCCUUGAACUGUGGUGCAAAGGGCUGCCCACCAAUUAAAACAUACACGCCACAGGACAUUGACAGCCAGCUCCGCACAGCAGCUGAAGCCUUUCUGGAGAAUGACGACGCCUGUAUGGUGGAUUCUGGGAAAAGAGAAGUUCGACUCAGCCAGAUAUUCAAGUGGUACAAAGCUGACUUUGGAGGAACGGAUGAAAAGCUGCUGAAGUGGGUGGUGGAGCACAUGGGUGACUCUCCAAAGAAGACCAGCCUGCAGGGUGUUCUCUCUGCUGGGAAGACCAAAAUCAUCUUCCUCCCUUACGACUGGAGCACCAACAGUUCCCAUUGAGCAUGCACGCACAAACGCAUUCACGUCAAGUUAUGUGUCUCUUUGCAUCUGUCCACUUUCUACUGAGUUGCAUCUGCCUAAAAAAAACAGAAGGUUGGUGAUGAUGACUUUUUUGCCGAAUGCAAUCCACUUCUCCUGAACCAUGCAAAUGGUUUUUAUGCAAAACAAACUGUAAAUCAGAGUGGUGAGAUGGGUGUGUUUGCAUUGUGCCACUGAAUAAUACUGCUCUUUGCAAGCUUAUUCUAGCUUUAAGGUCGUACUGUAAUUCCUACACCCUAUGUUUGGUUUUGGUAUAUACUGUAUAUGAGUUGUACAUUUUUAGAUUUUUGUUUGGUUUGAAGAAACAACAGAUACUUUGAUUUCCUAUUUUGGAAAUCAAGUUGCGCACAGAAACUUUUAAUAGGACGAGAUGCACGUUAAGCCUUUUCUCGAGUUUAGUUAUUACUGUCCUGUGUAAAACGUCAAAGCCUGAAAAUUGCCCAACAUUUCCCAAAUAUUUUUUAUGUAAAGUAACACAGCGAAAGCUAACUAAAAGCAUACUGUAAAAUAAUAAUCACAACAAUCAUCAAUAUGGCUUCGAUGCUCUCCAGCCAAAGUCUUUAAACACCAUGUCAGCAACUCAGGAGUCAUUGAUUAUCACAAUCGUCUCAGUCCAACACAACACUGGGCUGUUUAUCUGGAGCAUUUAAUCAAAGCAGAUGGGGAUGACACAAACACACUGCCUUGACAAGCCAUAUGAAACCCUUUGAACUUACAAACCUACUCAUUCAUGUUUAGCAGGCUACGGAAUCUCCACAUCUGGUCCAAAAUUUUAACCUGUAGAUGUGAACAAGCUAAUGUUUUCUACACUUGAUAAAAUGGAACGUUAGAGUAUCAUCCUAUGCCAUGGACUUUAAGUACUAAAAUAUAACACUGUAAAAUACCAGAUGUUAGCCCUCAAAGAAAUGUAUAAUUUAUUCCCUUUUUUCUUAUAUCUAUGAUCCAGGUGUCAAGCUCUUUGUCAUCGGACAGACAAAAUCUGGUUAGGUGCUGCUACUGUCACUUAUCUUUCCAGUCGAUUAGCACAGGUUGGACUGGAACUGUAUCCUCUGAAGUCCCCGUCGUUGUGGUUCACAUCCUUUGUAGGAUCCAGUCCCUGAAUUAAAAAUAACUUCCAUGUUUGGAGCACAUAGUAGGCGGAUGCAGUGCUUGGACUUUUGCAUGUUGUGCUAUUUUUUCCCCUAACCCCUGGUAAUAUUUUGUUUCUUCCUUCUGUCAUGUGACUCUAUAUGGUUGUUCACCCCUCUAUUUGAUCCAGGUCUUCCAUUUGAAAUCGGGGAAGUGCUACAGCUGUGUUUUUUGGCACAGUUAUUUGGUAAAAGAUGUAGUAAUAUUUUGGAUUAUAGAAAUAUUUAUCAAAACCACACCCUUUGGGAUGCACUCUGACACUUUGCAUGUUUAUCACCAACCUGUCGAGACAUAUUUGUACUUUUUUCAAUAAGGAAAAUGUUCACUGUUGGUCAGCGUGAGCGUAAUGGGCUGUUUUCAGAAUGUCUGUGGGAACUGAAAAAAUAUAUAUAAAAUAUUUUUAAUUGCUCAGUAGUCAUGGAUACAGUGAGAUGUAGCAGAUUUAAGUGUUGAUUAGAGUUUGCAGGGUUUUGGUGUGUUGAGUUGCUGCCUAUAAAACUGUACAGGAUCCCUUUGAUUCCUUUUUCCAACAUUGAAAUUUAGCUCCAUUAGUUUACCAUUAUACCUGGCCUUAAAGUUUGUACGACAUUUUUAUUUUUAACAUAUAUCUUCCAGUGUGAUAACUACACAUUAGGUUAAUAUAAUUACUGUAUACGAUUACAAGGAGUGUGUGGCUCAGAACAACCUCUAUUUAAAGGGCCUUUCUCUGUUUCCAUUUUCUUAUCUCAGGUCAAAGGAAAAUGUGAGUGGAAACUACUGAGUUGUCAUCUUGUACGAUGCAUGUUGUGUAUAACAAUUUCAGCUCAUUCUGCACAAUCCAUAUCCCUUAAAAAAGACAUCGUCAUACAUUACUGUAACUGUCAGUUUCUUUGUCGUUAAGAUACAAGCAGCACCAAAGCAUAUGGUUAAAUUAGCAUGUGUUAAAAUUGGAAUGCAUUUGCUGCAUGAGAUAGUGGAAAACUCCAAUUUUGAAUGCUGGCCUGUAACAGGACUGCCUCUCACUCAUGCUUUGUUUCUAGCCUAUUACUAGCUCAGCUAUAAGAAAUAGUUGGACCUAAACACUUACCCCAAUUAGACAUAUAGCGUGUCAGUUAGAUGAUAUUGGAAUACAGUAUGUGCAAUAGAUUUACAACACCACUCAGUCUUAAUAGACUGCACUUUUUCUGCGACUACAUGCCUUCAGUGAGAGGUGCACCCUUGGCUUUACAACACUUAACUCCACUACUGAGUGAGAGUAAAGCAUAAGGGAAGACACUUUGUGGGCUAAAUUGGACUGAAGAAAAAGUUUUAUUUAUGUAUAUCAGUGAUCCCUGUACUUUUUCAAAAUUACCUCAUGUAUCAGGAAAAUUUGAUGCAAAAAGUUUUUUAAACAAGCAAUUCUAAUAUAAGACGUUGUAUUUUCCUCUUUCCUGGGGUUAACAAUAAAGCAAUAUGUUUAUGAAUAGUGAAUAUGCAAUGCCGAAGUGAAAAAUAAACUAUUUAAAGAGUU